AUGUUGUCCCGCAACCUAGCUCUUCCUCGCCUUGCCGUUAGAUCUAUUCAAACCUCCUCUUCUGUCUCUGGAGGACACCACGUUGAACACUGGUGGGGACCUGAGAAGGGCGCUGGCCGCGAACUUGUUGGUUUCGGUGCUACUGGAGAUAAUGUUUAUCAAGACCGUCUUGAUUACUGGUACCCAGCUAUCAGAUUCCGCAAAGAAGAUGAUGUAAGCAGACCUCUUCGUCAGAAAGAACAAGGAGACUGGAAGAAUCUUUCUCUCGAAGAUAAGAAGACAUUGUACCGUUAUUCCUUCAGACAAACUCUUGCUGAGUUCGAAGCUCCAAAUGGCUACUGGAAGGCCGCUACCGGAAUCAUCUUCGGUGUUCUUUCUCUUGCUACUUUAUACACUACAUUCUUGAAGAAGACUGUUUAUCCUGAACUUCCACCCACCUUCCAGGAUGAAUACAAACAAGCUCAGGUUGAAAGAAUGCUGGUUCUCGAGAAGGGUCAAUUCCUUGGUCCAGCCAAGCAUUACGAUUAUGAGAAUAACAAGUGGAAGUAA